AUGUCUGACACGAGUCUCCAUCCGAGGAUCUCAAGGAGUGAGACCUCAUCGCCAUCUCGAUCAUCCCUCAGGGACAAGUCGGGGGUGGCGAAAGCCAAGCUUCCCUGGCACGAACGACAAUGGCAGCGUCUCAGCCGCCUCGGCACCGAUACCUGGGUGGUCGAAUCUUGCGCACUCUCCGUGUCUGUCCUGUCCGCAAUUGCAAUCGGCGUGGUGCUUUGGCUCUACAAUGGCGAACCAGUUCCUCACUUGCCGCAUGGCGUGACGCUGAACGCGAUUGUGUCCGUCCUAGCUAACAUCUCGAAGUCAAAUCUCUUGCUCGUCCUCGGGAGCGCAAUCAGUCAACUCAAGUGGGUCUGGUAUCAACGCGGCCGGCCUUUGGUCGAUGCUGAAGUCUUCGAGGAGGCCGCACGAGGCCCGUGGGGGUCGCUGAAGAUGUUGUUCAGACAUGGCGUCACCACCAUAGCCUCGAUCGGGGCUGCCGUGUUAGUACUCCUCACAGCCUUCGAGCCGUCCAUCCAGCAGGUCUUGACGUACCCAAAUUGGAGUACUUCUGUCAAUUCCACCCAAGCCAUUGCCAACCAGACAAAGACGCUGCUGUCCGAUGACAUGGACAAAGCGAUCAGCGAAGCGGUUGGUGCUGGAAUGUAUGGCGGGGACUUCACACAAAAGCCUUUCUGCCCAGCCUCGAACUGUACCUGGGACCCUUUUCCGUCGCUUGGUUUGUGCAGCUCCUGUGGUCCCCCGGAAGUUGCUCCUAUUCUCGAAGGCUGCGACCUUAGCAUCGACUGGUCAAGCGGUUCGCCAUAUUCCACCACGUGUAAUGUCAGCUAUUCCGACUACAAUGUUUCGAGCCAGAUCACGGUCGCCGUUUACAAGACAAUAGAGACAUCACCGGCCUAUUCCAAUUCAACGGAGAGAACGAUCACAUACCAAAUGUCUGCGCCAGACUUGGUUGUCACAGAGCUCUUCCCAAUAUGGAAUCAGAACGGCAUUCUCAUACCAUCGAACCGAACAAUCCUGGGGAUUUCUAAUCCGCUAGUGGCGAUCGGCUCUGUGGCUGUCUCAGUGGACCUCGACGAGUUCAAGAUUGAUAAGGCUCAGACAUGUGUGCUCAGCUUUUGCCUGCAGGAUCACCAUGUCAAUGUCACAAACGGCUUUACGUCCGUCGAAACGAUGAAUACCACCUUUGGCAACGUUUUCCACCCACCUGACUCCCUUGACGCCAACUUCACGGUUCUCUUCACGGGUGCGUUGACAGGGGAGACGGAUGACAGGGAGUCGUGGUGGUGCUGGUCGCCGCAUGACAAUGUUUUCGAGGACCCCGGUGUGACAUCUACUGGAAACGGGAGUGUGGCGGACGGCCUUAACGAGCUCUCGGAGACGUGGUCUCGAGUUGUAGUCGCUGACGAGGAUCAUUUCGCCUUCUGCUCGAAUACGUGGUUCCGGAAAUGGGGCCAUAUAGUUGUGGUCUCUUCGUCGUCUGAUGGCGCACAGCAAAUGCACAGCAUGGGUGCCGAGGAAGUCCUGAAGAACAUCGCCGCAUCCAUCACGUUGCUGGGAAGCAGUCGAAGUCCGCACACCAUCACGGGAGCGACCGUGAACGUACUGCCGCACGUACAUGUCAUGUGGGAGUGGCUCAUUCUUCCAGGAUGCCUGAUUGUAGCAGGGACUGCAUUCUUCGUUGCAACUGUGUUGAUCAGCCGGAAGCGCAAUGCUCGACUGUGGAAGAACUCGAUAUUGGCCGCUUUCUUCCAUGGUCUGGACGAUCGUACCACAAUGAACGCGCCCAUGGGCGAGAGUGUGACGGAAAUGGGCAAGGUCGCAGAAGUUGCGGUCGUGCGCUUGGAGGAGCACAAUAGGGAAGGAAGGACUGUACUGGUCAACGCGGAGCAGCGCAGCAGUAUGCGGCAAAGAUUUGCGCAGGCUGCGGCCAUCAACCCUGAUGAGGCGGUUUCGCCGCAAGCUGCACGUCUCAUUGCCAGGGAUGCGUCCAGCAUGAGGCAGCCGCGCACCUGGUGA